CACUGAAUAGGCUACCCAGGUGUUUCAAAAUAAACAAACAAACAAACAAGCAAACAGUGUAUACGAGUGGUUAGUGCGCUCAGUCCCAAGAAAGAAUAACCAUGAAAGUAAAGAGUUUAAAACUGAAAUUCAUUCUAGAGGGACCAAAAAAUGACAAAACAAUGAUUAUGCUUAGGUCACAUUUCAAAACCGAGACCAGGUCGGGCUGGUUGGCGAAACGAAAAAUAGAAUUGUGCAUCAAGAAAUCAAUGAUGCACAAAUUGUGUAUAGGAUACGUACAGUCAUGUCCAUUUAUAUAUGACAUUUAAUCUACUGCCCAAUCACCUUCAAGUUCAAGGGUUGCCUACCUUACCUUAUGUAACGUUACAGCUCAAAAUGGCGGGAAAGCUAAGGACCACCGCUGCUGUCGUACUGCUGUCCCUGGCCGACGUUGCCGCCAACACCAUCCUGUACAUGAACGGUGCGGAUCUCCACAAGUUCACGCACGACAUCAGCUUCUUCAGCAUCUUCACGUCUUUGUUGGACAUUUGCAUAUUCGGGAUGCUGAGAGGAUGUGUGACGUUUGGAGCUGUCCUGUCCGUGCUGUUCAACGCCAGAGAUGCUGUUCCAAGGCUCAAACUGUCAAGGUCGUGGGUCGGAGUCUUACCAGCUGCUAUGUGUGCGUACAGUCUUGUCAAGAUUUUGCUGUAUUCAGAAAAAGAAGUCGAGUUUCCUCACAAGCCCUGGUUCUGGGUUGUCUUUGUAGGCAGCAUCGUCGGAUGUGUGGUGUUCUACCUAAACUGGACCUUACUGUCAAAAAUCAGUACUCAGUCUUACAGAAGUAUAAACUCGGAGGAAGGAACAGACGAGGAAAGGGAACGGUUGCUCGAGAGUGAAGUGGGCAGCAAAUCGAACCUGCCAUCGGUGAAGAAGCUGUUCUCUUAUUCGAAGCCUGCUAUACCGUACUUUCUUGCGGCGACGACUUUCCUGAUUGGUGGCGCUGUAGGUGACAUCUUCGUCCCCUACUACACCGGCCAGGUGAUUGACGGGAUAGCCAAAAUACAAACGUCUCAGGACAAGUUCAUCCACGCCAUCAUCGUCAUGUCCCUUUUGAAGGCCUUGAGUGCAGUCUGCUAUGGCAUGCGUAGUGGACUGUUCGAGAUCACCAAAAUAAAGCUGAACAUUCGGAUCCGAAACCUGCUGUUCCGGUCCAUCACCCGUCAGGAGAUCGGCUUCUUCGACACCAUCAAAACUGGUGAAAUCACUUCUCGUCUCAUCUCUGACACGACCACGACCACCACCACUCUCAUCGACCAUCUGAAGGUGUUCUGCGCCAGCAUGAUCCGGAUGGUCGGCACUGUCAUCUUCAUGUUCAGGUUGUCAUGGCGACUGUCAAUCCUCGUCGCCAUCUUGUUACCCGUCAUGGCCGUCAUCAUGAAAGUCUACGGAGACUACUUAAAGAAAGUGGCCGUUGACAUCCAGACGUCCUUUGCCAGAGCCAACGAGGUUGCGGACGAGACGUGCUCCAACAUGAGGACGGUCCGAAGCUUUGCAAACGAGGACAUGGAGUGCGAGAGAUACAGCAACCGGCUUAAAGAUACCUACAAGCUGUACAUCAAGAAAGCCUUGCUAGAAGGGAGUCUCAAUACGAUUGAACAUCUGUUCGGCCUUGCCCUGUUUGUGUUGACCUUGUACUACGGCGGCCAUCUUGUCAUGACCCGUAAGAUGACAGGAGGGACCUUGGUGUCCUUUUUCUUGUACCUGAACCGCCUCAAGACAUCAUUGGAAAAACUGGUGGUUGAAGUAUAUGCACAAUUGAUGUUGGCGGCGGGAGCAUCCAAAAAGCUCGUCGAAUACAUAGACCUUGAUCCGGGAACAAAGCACGACAACGUGCUGGCACCUGCGAGACUGGAAGGAAACAUCGAGUUCAGAGAUGUGUCGUUUGCCUACCCGUCCAGAAAGAACGUGCAAGUUUUAAAGGAUCUCUCCUUCAAGGUGUCUCCAGGCGAAGUUGUUGCCCUGGUCGGCCCAAGCGGCAGCGGAAAGAGCACCUGCUUCAAUCUACUGGAACACUUCUAUGAGACCAUGUCAGGCCAGGUGCUGCUAGAUGGUAACCCCAUCAUGGCGUAUGAUCACAAGUUUCUACAUCGAAUGGUAGCGUUGGUUGGACAAGAACCGGUGCUGUUUGCCCGCUCCAUCAAGGACAACAUCUCCUAUGCCCUGGACAACUGCAGCUUGGAGGAGGUGCAGCGCGUUGCCAGGCAGGCCAACGCCCAUCAGUUCAUCACGGAGCUGCCCGAGGGGUACGAGACGGAGACUGGGGAGAAGGGGAUGCAGCUGUCCGGGGGGCAGAAGCAGAGGGUGGCGAUCGCCCGGGCGCUGAUCAGGAAACCAGCGGUGCUACUACUGGAUGAGGCCACUAGUGCUUUAGAUGCUGAGAGUGAGCAAACGGUCCAGCAGGCUAUCGAAAACCUGCACGGGCACACGGUCAUCGUGAUCGCCCACCGCCUGAGCACCGUGGAGAAGGCUGACCGCAUCAUCGUCAUCGACAAGGGGACCGUGGUGGAGCAGGGGCGGCACGGGGAGCUGAUGCAGCAGGACGGGCUGUACGCAAAGAUGGCGAGGCGACAGUUGUUAGGACUGGACAAGCCUGGAUAAUGCUUAGCCUAGUAGAUCCUACGGCAGCAUAACAUAGUAUCAAAAGCUGGCAGAAGAGUGAAGCCGGCCUAGGAGUGUGUUUGGCUCCGGUAUCAUUAUCGUCUGGUAGCUUAACACACUCGGCUGCACUCCUCUGCCAGCUUUUGAUACUAUGCUACCGUAGGAUCUGCUUAGAAAUUAGGAUAAUGCUACGGACAGUCAUUUUCAAAGGAGCAUCUUUCGGGAACGGAAAGUAUAAUAAUUCAAUAGACAACGAAAUAUGCAGAACGUACAUGUAAAACAAGUAAAGUCAUUAACAUAAUUUCUAUUUUUCGUGUCCCAAAACAUCCCGACCGGGCUCCGCUUGAAAAUGUGACCGUUGCAAUGACACCCCUUUCUACCAGAGACUGAUCAUGAGAUGAGGAGCUCCUAGCGACCGGUAAUAUGCUGUCACAAAGCAUGAAAAUCAAUCGACCGACCAGCCUGUGAGGUCUAAAUGACAUUUUUGGCAGUACACCCGGUGUUCUUUUGAGCGGUCGAUUUAUUUUGAGGGAGCAGACUUUCAGGUGAAAAACGCCUUCAAGCCUUAGGCGAUUCUACUACCCUCUGGAGAUCAACAAAUACGGUCGAAGUUUCGU